AUGCUCACCUCAUUAAGCAUCUUUUCUCACACUCUGCAUUGCUUACUUUUCUCUCUUUCAGCUCCACAGGCUCUAGGAUCAUAUCAUUCAGCAACAGAAGAACUCCUCUCCUUCACCAUGAUCCACAUCUUUUCUUUUCCUAACCAUAGCUGGGCACAGGCCCAGAGCUCAGGGUGGCUGGGAGAGCUGCAGACUCAUGGCUGGGACAAUGUCUUGGGCACCUUCCGCUUUCUGAAGUCUUGGUCCCAUGGAAACUUCAGCAAGGAAGAGUGGAAGAACCUUCAGGCUCUCUUCCAGUUGUACUUCCAUGGUUUCAUCAGGGAAGUCCAGGCCUUCUCCAGUCAGUUUCAGUUUGAAUAUCCAUUUGAACUCCAGAUAUCAGCUGGGUGUACAUUGCAUGCUGGGAAAGCCUGUGAGAGCUUCUUAAAUGGAGCAUACCAAGGAUCAGAUUUCCUGAGUUUCCAAGGAAGUUCCUGGAAGCCAUCUCCAAGAGCAGGGAGUCGUGCUCAGAACGUCUGUACGGUGCUUAAUCACUACAAAGAUAUUAAAGAAAUAGUGCAGAGACUUCUCUGCAAUACCUGCCCUCAAUUUUUGGCAGGUCUUUUUGAAGCAGGAAAGUCAGAACUGGAACGGCAAGUGAAACCUGAGGCCUGGCUAUCCAGUGGCCCCAGUCAAUGGCCUGGCAGUCUGCACCUGGUGUGCCAUGUCUCUGGCUUCUACCCAAAGCCUGUGCGGGUGAUGUGGAUGCGAGGUACACAGGAGCAGUCAGGCACUAGGCGAAGCGAUGUCCUGCCCAAUGCUGAUGGGACGUGGUAUCUCCAAGCAACCUUGGAUGUGGCAUCUGGGGAGGCAGCUGGUCUGUCGUGUCGAGUGAAACACAGCAGUCUAGGAGGCCAUGAUAUAGUCAUCCACUGGGGUGGAUACUCCAUCCUCCUAACACUGAUGUGUCUCACUGUCAUGGUCACCCUGGUCAUGCUGGUUAUACAGGGCACAUGCUGUAGAAAGCAAAGCUCAAAAAAGAAUGUCCUCUCUCCCCAUAUAACCAAUGCUGCCUUUCCCAUGGGAGCCAACACCCAGGACCCUAGGAAUCCAGCACAUCAGCUCUGCUUGGCACAAGAAACAUGGAUCAAAACCAGAAUAUUGAAGUUGAAAAUAAGCUUAAACCAACUCUGGGUGACAUGA